AUGAUUUCCUUAUUCUUUUGCGGAGUUAGUUGCAGAGAUUCGACCAAUCUUUAUGCAUCUCAACAAGGCACAGGUGAUUGUUUCACAUCAGAGUGUUCUUUUAACGAAGCGAUGUUGACACUUCGCUGUGCAGAUGUAAUUCAUUUAAAGGACAAAAUAGUAUAUCCACCAUCAUAUCCGUCAGAAUUUUCCGAUUUAAUUGAGAACGCCGCUCAAUCAAAUGUCACACUUAUGGCACGUGAAGAAGGAACUGUAAUUGAUGGCAGCUUUUUAACAGGCGGUGUUAUGUAUUAUCUUGAAAACCAACGCCGUUUCACAUGGUGCAAGAUGGUUGGUUUUACAUUCCGUAAUUUCCAGAAAUUGAUUAUGUCUCGUCAACACACAUGGUCUGUUUAUCCAAUGAUGAUUUUCCAAGAUUGCACAUUCGAAGAUUCAACAGCAGACUUAUUCUCAUGCUCUGGCGGUGUUUGGGUUUUCAUAAACUGCAAUUUCAAGAAUCUUAAGGGCAAACCAUUCAAGGCUCUCUCAGAAGCUCAAGUAGAAUUUAUUGACUGCCAAUUCGAAAAUACUUCUUCAAUCUUCGGCUACGGUGCUGAUAUGAUGUUCAGAAAUUGCAUUUUCAAGGACAGUAUCGGCCAGCGUGGUGGCUCAAUCUAUGCUUCUAAGUCCACACUCUACGUUAAUAAAUGCAAAUUCAUCAAUACUCGUGCUGCUUUAUACGGUGGCGCAAUUUACAUCAGAGAUUCAAGAGAAGUCUACGAAAGUGAGAUCUCUAACUCUUGCUUCCUCAAUACACAAGCUAAAAAUGGUACUGCGAUAUACGGAUAUCUCUCAUUUUUGACAGUCCACGAUAACGUGUUCUCUUCACAAAACGACAGACAACAGACAGUCUUCAACUUCGGAGAAGAAGUUAAAAUGAGCAAUAACAACUUCGGAGGUGACGCAGAAGCGUGCAUUCGCAAACACGAGCCUCUGAACGAGCCAGACCUUUACUACCCAUGCGAUACUUACCAGAACCACCAGUUCGAUGACGCCCAUGGAAACUUCUUCAUGGACUUCUCGAACCAGGACGAUCCUCUCGAAGAAAUUAUUAACUAA